AUGCCUCCUUUACCCCCUCAAUUCGACGAAGGGACCCUAGCAUCCAUCUCUACUAUUGAGAGACGCGUUGUCGACCUCAAAGACUUUCAGAUCCCUCGGCUAAAGGAAUGUAGGGAGUCACUUGGUGUGCAGCAGCAGUAUGCGGCGGAAUUGAGGGAUGAUCUGGAGGGCCUGGCAGGGCUGGUUGAGGCGUUGGACGAGAGCGUGCAUGACCAGAGAGGAGAUAGGAUGAAACGGGAUUUAAGAGGGAUUGUGGAGGACUUUAGGGAGCGGAUAGCACAGCUACGAAAGGAGUCACGAGCAGCGAUGCUCACUUCAAAACGGGCUAUCGACGUUCAGAGUAACUCCCUUCGAGAAGAACUCCUUCGGUCAUCUGCCAUUAAGGAGAAGCACACUUUGAACGAAAAGUCUCCGUACGUUCUUUUUGAUAGAUCAUUGUAUGAGGACGCUUUGAUGAAGGCCAACAAUGAUGUCACGGACGCUCUGAGGCGGACCAUGACUCUCAUGCAGGGCGAACUCGAGCGCUCAGUUCUUUCCACCCAAAUGUUAGAAUCCUCUACCGCGACCCUCAAAUCCGCCUCUUCAACUCACGACGUCCUCACCAACCUCAUGGGCACCUCGAAACAACUCAUCACCGCCCUCGAGAAAUCAGAUUGGAUUGACCGCAUGCUGAUCAUCUCUGGCCUCAUAUUCUUCUUCCUGGUGGUCGGGUUUAUCCUCAAACAGCGAAUAUUCGAUCGUGGUCUGAGGAUAGCGCUUUGGUGGACCAGGUUCUUACCAAGUUUUGGGGACGAGACAAGUGCUUGGGAUAUGGCUGAUGUUAUAGAGAAGGGUAGUAUGUCUCUGCAGAGUGAGGCGGUGACGGGAACAAUCGUGUCCACUGUGGCGGCGUCGGUAAGCUCGGUGGCAGCGGUAGUGAGUGGGACCAGUUCGUUGUUUCCCGAGCAGAUCGUGUCAGCAUCGGGCACUAGGGAGAGUGCCGAAUCGUUGACAACUGCGAGCGACCUUAGUCCGUCACUUUCGCAAGUGUUGGAGACAACCUUCAGUGGCGCGGAGUCGGUAGUUAGUGCAUCUCCGUCCUCUCUGUCCAGUACAUCUCAUGAUGAGUUUUGA